AUAGUAUAAUAAUUAGAACGAGACGCACAAUUGCAGUUGACGAGGUGGCACUUUGAUUUGCCAACACAAACUUUUUUAAGAGACGGCUUCACUGAUUUCUGUGUCGAAUGCCGUCGCAUUGACAUAGAAACCACAUUUUCUAUUUCCUAAUUCAAGGGAUUGGAUCGCUGUAACUUGAUACGCGUUUUUAACUUUUGUUUUCGCCGCCGGGAAUGCUAGUGAUCCCACUUUAGUGUGCUGACGAAGUUUUUCGUAUUUUGUGGUAGAUUGCGUUCGCAUAUUAGGACCGAGUUGCGUGUCUGGAGCAAUUUUAAUCGCGUGGAAAACUUCUUUACUCUGAAUUAUAAUCACAGGAAUAGUGAAUAAGACGCGGUCGCCAAUAGUCCUGCUGGCUGGGGACACGUUACAAUUGGGUCUGCGUGGACAGUGUUCCGGAAAGUAGAAUGCGCUUUAGUUUCUAGUGCUGUUUAGGUUUAGGGCGCAGCAUUGGGAUUUCACUACGCGAACAUUAAGCGCAAAACUGCGUCAGUUAGGUGAUUUCCUGCAGAUUAUAAAACUGCGAAGUUCGUAAAUACUCAGGCGUUAAUUUUCAACAUGGACUCGUUAUUUAGUGAUCUGUUCGGUAGCGCACAACUCAGUGCAACCCUGGUCGUACCUGUCGUUGUGGUUAUACUCAGCGCCGUCUUAGUGUUCUUAUGCGGGGUACGGAAACCGAAAGAGCCACAGUUCCGCAAAAUCGCCGCUUCCGUGGAGAGUAGCUCGAAAAAGACAAGGAGAAAAGAAAAACAGCAGACCAGCUCCACAAAGUCGAGCUCGUUGAAUGGCAAUUUAAAGUCCUCAGCGUCUACCGCAGUGGACAAAAAAACCACCUCUGCAGCUCCCAAGAAGGAAAAUCAACAACCGCAAGUGACUCCCAAGCGCAAGGAGCCUUCUGUCCCGAAAAAACCAGCAGCGCAUCCCGUUGCCAAGAAGGAGAAAACACCGAAACCCGAGAAGGUGCGCAAACCUGCCGAUUUUGACGACAGUGGCUGGACCACGGUGCAGUCGCGUACUGAUAAGAAAAAGAAGCAGGAGGACUUGCUACUAUCGCAAGUCCUUGAUUCCGCUCUAUCCCAAUCUAAGAAAUCGACCGGCAGUAAAGCCGACGCCAAGACGACCAAGAAUGUCAAACAACUCAAAGACCAGGUAAAUAAGUCCAAGAAGGAAGCCGCCGAAAUCAAUAGAAAAAACAAGAAAAAUGCCGCCGAUAACAUUCAUAAUGAGCAAGUUAACAACAAAGUUGUUGAUACCAUUGAACAUUUGGUAAAUGAAUUGAAGAAGAAUGAUAGCAACGAGAUAAUUGUGCGUAAAGAGCACAUCGAUCAAGCUGCCGAUAUCGCUGUUGAGAAAUCGGACGACAGCAAACCCGUUUCAGGCGGUGGAGUUAUAUUUGAUGAAAUGGCAGACACUUGGACUGAGGCCAAAACUCCCAAGAAAGGAAAGAAGAAAGCUCGUAAAGAGUAAAAACCAUAGUAAAUCCAUGAAUAUGCUAGCUUGUAUGUUUACUAUGAAAAAAACUGAAGCAAAUAAAACAAUCUGUAAGUAAAUCACCUUUUAUAGACGGAAGAAAGAACUCGUAAGGGGGAUGUCUGCGAUGCAGUCUUCAAUAUACAAGCCCCAAUUUGGGCGCGCUACUACUUGUGUCUUCCAGAAGUCAAGAAAAAAUAAUUUUCAAAGUGAAAGUUAGAAAAAAAAAGAAACAAAUAGAAAAUGGUUAUGCAAUCAAUGGAGUGUGAGCGCAAAAUGUGUCAAGAAAAGAAUUGAAAUCAACAACCGAUCUUUUAUACAUAAAUGUAGCACUGCACACGAAAUAUUUAACUUUUUUUUGGGUAAGCUAAAGCGGCAGACAAAACGUAAAACUGGAUAAGAAAACGAUAUAAGAAAAAAAAUAUUAAGUAAGAAAAACAAGACAUGUCGGUGCUUUUCGAUUAUUUCGUAAUAAUUUGAUAAAGAAAAUCGUGUGAAUUUGAAUUUAGUCGUAAGGAACUAUUUACUAUGUUUUAAGCAUUUAGUUGAUUAUCAGAAGCCGCAGGAAAAUUGGAAAAGGUUUAGGAAGGGGAACAAUGAUACAGAGGAAAAUCUAUCUAAAUACAACAGGAAAUGAGUUAAGGAAAAUAUAUCAACUGAAGAGGAAGAGUUAUCAUUGCUUCCUUCUCUGAAAUGCUAAAGUAAAUGUACAUUUGUCUCGUUAUUCCUUUAGUUAGAAACAAUUUGAGAAGUAAUUUCCUAGUUUGCUUCGUUUUUAGAAACAAUGUAUUUUGUGUUUAUUUUAUUUUUGACAUUGCGUCUUUAGAAUCAUUAUUUUGAAUUUCAAAAUUAAUUAAUCAAGAUAUAUAUGUAGACAGUGGCGAACAUAAAAAUGUUCUAAUAUUGCUCUGUAAUUCCUCCAACGAAAGCGUUUUUUUUUUUUUUUUUGUAAGGAAAUUAGUAGAAAUAUAUAAUUACUGUUGAAAACAUGUAAAAAACGUGUUUAAAUGGCAUCAGUACAAAAAAAAAUGUCCAAAUUUUAUUUAUUGUACCGUCCGACUUCCGCUUCAUUGUGUAAUUCGUCAAGACAUUUGGGUUUCCACUUCAUUACUUGUUUUUCUAUCAUAUACAAAAGGAUCUCAAUAAGGGUACAUAUGAGGGCUUUUUUCAAGCUCGUUUAGGGUAGAAAUGCCGUUUCCUAAUAAUCCUCUACCUAUUAAAUGCAAAAUUGAGUUUUGAUAACUUGAUAAAGUAUGAAGUAAAAAUUAGAAGUACACUGACCAGUUUGGAGCGGUGACACGACCAGGAAUCAUGUCCGAAAAUGGGUCAUUUUCUGGGAAAUAGGACCCUACUCUUGAUCAAAUCAUGUUUUUCAAAGCAUUCCGGCUUACCGAUGGUCCUGUCAGUGGCAACUGUUUAACAACAUGGUAGGUAAAGCACUCACAAACUAUUCAGCUGCCUCCCUCCCUAAGGGUUCUUGUAACGCAAUUCUA